AGUCUUUUCUUCUGCGGCGGGAGUUGCUUCCUGACCUCAUUCUAAGAUGGCUCUUGCUAGUGUGUUGAAGAGUGAUUGUGCGGAUUUUUUUGUUAACAAUUGUCACCCUUUUGCAUUUGCUCCUGAAUCCGACCUGGCCGAUGUGGGUUUUGAUGCGAAGCCUAGAGACAGUCUCAGUUUUUCUAUCAAGAACCAGCUGUGUCCAUCGAACGAAGAUGGCGUCGAGAGGAAAAUAGAGUUUCUGCAUGGAACCACCACUCUGGCAUUUAAAUUUCAGCAUGGGGUUAUUGUUGCGGUGGACUCCCGGGCCACAGCUGGUUCCUACAUUGCCUCACAGACGGUGAAGAAGGUUAUUGAAAUUAACCCCUACCUCCUUGGUACCAUGGCUGGUGGAGCUGCGGACUGUAGCUUCUGGGAGCGCCUGCUGGCACGCCAGUGCCGCAUUUAUGAGCUUCGGAACAAGGAACGCAUCUCUGUGGCAGCUGCCUCCAAGCUUCUUGCUAACAUGGUAUACCAGUACAAGGGCAUGGGACUGAGCAUGGGAACCAUGGUGUGUGGCUGGGACAAAAGAGGCCCAGGGCUGUACUACGUGGACUCCGAGGGGAACAGGGUGUGUGGUGAUCUCUUUGCGGUCGGCUCUGGCUCCAUGUACGCCUAUGGUGUGAUGGACAGCGGACUUCGACAUGACCUGACCGUGGACGAAGCCUGCGAGCUGGGCCGCCGUGCCAUUUACCAGGCCACAUACCGAGACGCCUACAGCGGUGGGCAGGUCAACCUGUACCAUGUUCACAGCAACGGCUGGACCAGGGUGUCCCAAGAUGACGUACUCUUGCUGCACCAGCAGUACAAGGAUCAGGCAUAGAUAUAAAUGGGGUUUAUUGUAGUAUGUGAUGUUUGAGAUGUUCUGAAAUGUCAGUAGGGCUGACACAUCAAUAAACAGACUCGGCUACACAUUGAUUUAUCUUGUAUCGCUUCUGUAACCUACUUAGACUUGUUGCUAGCUUAAUGCUUUAUAUAGUUCAUUUUUAAAAUGAGCUCCACACGCCUGCACAGAGUAUUUAAGGGUCUUCGGAAGAGGGCGAGAUGACUCAAACAUGCUCUAAUACAGUGUGGGAGAAGUGGAGUGCCUGCCCUACAUACAUUUUAUUUAAAUCUCACCCUGGAAACCACAUCUUUCUUAAUAAAACCUGUUAAGUACUCGCAUUAA